UAAAUCUGCAGACAGGCCACCAUGGAAAAGAAAACGUUCCUGUGUGUUUUAUACAUUAUACUAUUGACUGCCCCUGGUCCAAUUCUAGCCAGCAGACCAGAACAUGAAGAAUCCAGAAACAAACGACAGGCCCAGGCUCUUUUACCAAUAGCGUCUUAUGCUGGAAUGACUGUGUCUGCUCCGCUAUUCCUAGCGCUGGUGGCAGCUUAUGGCAUCUACCAAGUAACUAGAUAUGCUAUAAAGAAAGCAAAAAGUACAGCAACGACUUCAAGUGAUUCCCGUAGUCAUACUUGUGGCGGCUGGUAUAAAGAUGGUUGGUGUAGACCACAAUGUCGAUCAAACGAGUACGAAGAUUGGCGAUCCUCGGACGUAUGUGGAGGCUGGAAAUGCUGCAAAGUGCGCUAGUGUAAUUAAUAAUGUUGAAGCUUUAAUAAAUGUACCUUAUUUUGUCACGUGUACAUUAAUUAUGGACUUAACUUUUCCUUUCAUUUCGUUGCUUUACUUGAAUAAAAUCAUUUCAAGUG